AUGAUAAAAAACAUGUCCGGAGUUUAUGAGUUCUUAGAUGCUACUAAGACACACAAUUUGAAAUGAUUUAUUCCUUGCCCUGUUCUACUUUACGGUAAGCGGGAGUACAUUAUGUCCACAAAUCACCUAGACAUUGGUAGGUUUUAUAUGGUUUUUGGGUUUUGGUCGGUUUUGGCUGGGACUAGAUUUAGAUCUCUAAUUCGAUGAAGACUAUUUAAUCCGGGGGCUAAGUUUUUAGAUCCUGUUUGUUAUAAUGCUGUAGUAACUAUACACGCUUUAGUAAUGAUUUUCUUCUUUGUAAUGCCCGUUAUAAUUGGAGGUUUUGGGAACUGGCUAGUCCCACUAAUGCUAGAGGUUCCUGAUAUGCAGUUUCCUCGAGUUAACGCUUUUAGGUUUUGGGUUUUGCCUGCAUCUCUUUAUUUUAUAGGAAUAUCGGGAUUUGUAGAAAAUGGAGUUGGUGCUGGCUGAACUAUUUACCCCCCAUUGUCUACUUUUUCUUAUCAUGGAAUGUGUAUAGACUUAGCUAUUUUAAGGCUUCACUUAGCUGGUCUUAGUUCAAUUUUUAGUUCAAUCAAUUUUAUAGUAACUAUUAAAAACAUGCGUUCUGUAGACGGUCACUUAUUAAGGUUAUUUCCGUGAUCAAUUAAAGUAACUUCUUUUCUAUUACUAACAACUUUGCCUGUGUUAGCAGGGGGUCUUACCAUGCUUUUGACAGAUCGACAUUUUAACACUUCGUUUUUUGAUCCUGUAGGUGGCGGAGAUCCAGUUUUAUUUCAGCACUUGUUUUGAUUUUUUGGUCACCCUGAAGUAUAUGUCUUAAUUCUUCCUGGGUUUGGAAUAAUUUCCCAUGUUUUGUGCUUUUGGUCUAGAAAAAAAACAGCUUAUGGUAAUAUGGGAAUGUUUUAUGCUAUACUAAACAUUGGGUUCUUAGGUUUUAUUGUAUGGGGGCACCACAUGUUCGUUGCCGGCAUGGAUAUCGAUACACGAGCUUAUUUUAGGGCGGCAACUGUAAUUAUUGCUGUUCCAACUGGAAUUAAAGUGUUUGCUUGAAUUGCUACAAUAAUGGGGUCACAGGUAUCAACACAUGCUCCUAUGCUUUGGUCUACUGGUUUUAUUGUCUUGUUCACAAUCGGUGGAUUAACUGGGCUUAUUUUAUCUAGUGCUUCAAUUGAUGUAACUCUCCAUGACACUUAUUUCGUAACUGGGCAUUUCCAUUAUGUUUUAUCAAUGGGAGCUGUUUUUACAAUUUUGGCUGGCUUUACUCACUGAUUUCCUUUAUUUUCUCGUGUUAUGCUUCAUCGUCAGAAGAUAAAGAGACACUUUGUUGCUAUGUUUUUAGGUGUUAACAUUGCUUUCCUACCCCAUCACUUUUUAGGGCUAGCGGGAAUACCUCGUCGGGUGGCGGACUACCCAGACCAGUUUUGAUUUUGAAACAAAGUAUCUACUUUUGGGUCACACUUAAGUACAGCUUCUUUACUAUUUUUUGUAUUUUUAGUGUGAGAAGCUUUUAUCGCCCACCGGCCUGUGGUUUCGGUUCGGAAUAGUUCAAGCUCUCCUGAGUGGUCAGUGAUGGUAAAUCUUCCAAAGCAUGCUGCUCUGGAGUCGGCAAAAAUACUAAAAGACCCAGCAAAGAAGUAUUUAGGUACACGUCUGUAA